AUGUUCUCCCUUCGAUCGAUCCCUCGAUUCCUCAGACCGCGAUGGAAACCACUCAACUUCUCAAACCCAAACUACGGGAUCGUUGUCCCAACACAGAAAAUCGAAGAGGAGAAUUUCCCUGAUUACGUCGCCUCUCGAUACUAUCCAACACGCAUAGGCCAAAUCUUCAAGGACCGCUACCAGGUUGUAUCGAAACUGGGAUAUGGAGUUACCUCGACUGUCUGGUUGGCGCGGGAUAUGAACUGGCGCUCAUAUGUUACGCUUAAGAUAUUCGUCAACUCUGCGUCUAUGGGACGGCAGCUUGACAGCGAGUUAAAAAUGUAUCAGCACAUUGAACAAUCUUCAAGCCAUCCAGGCCGCAAGGCCGUCAGACCACUACUAGACUCGUUUAAUAUUGACGGACCGGAAGAUAAUCACCAAUGUCUUGUCCAUCCUCCACUAUUCGAGAGUGUUUGGGAGUUUCUUCACCGGAACCCGGUUCAAAGGCCACCGGAGCCGAUUGUCGCGUUUACGCUUCAUAGAUUGUUUCUUGCGCUGGAUUAUCUGCAUACGGAGUGUAAGGUUAUACAUACUGAUAUCAAGUCCAAUAAUCUCAUGUUUGAAUUCGCCGACGAUUCAGCAUUCAUUAAAGCAGAACAGGACGAGCUGCAGAAUCCUUCUCCGAGAAAAGAGAUAGAUGGGCGAAAUAUCUAUCUAUCUCGGGAUCUGGAAAUAUCCCGUGGGAAAAUAGGAGCUCCCGUUCUAUGCGACUUUGGCUCUGCCGUGCUGGGUGACAGAGAGCAUCUAGAAGACGUCCAACCAGACAUAUACCGCGCCCCAGAGGUAAUUCUGGAAGCCCCGUGGUCGUAUGGUAUUGAUAUAUGGAAUGUGGGGUGCAUGAUAUGGGAUAUCUUUGAAGGCGGCUCUCUAUUCACCGGCCAUGAUCCUGAACACCAGAAAUAUCGAAGCCGAGCACACCUUGCUGAGAUGGUCGAUCUCCUUGGACCUCCUCCAGCCGGCCUUCUUGCAGCCGGGGGGCAAAGAGGGAAAUUCUUUGAAGCGGGCGAGUUCCGCGAGAAAGGGCUAUUAAAAGGCUCAACUCCCCUAGAGCAGAGGGAAACGACUCUUAAAGGAGAGGAUAGGGAGAGGUUCCUACGCAUGAUGCGGAGGAUGCUGCAAUGGGAGCCCGAGAAGCGGAGUUCUGCGAGGGAGUUGGCGGAGGAUGAGUGGAUUCGGAAGCAUAUAGGUUGA